AUCGCAAUACAUUGUCAGAACGCCCCGUAUAUGGCCCCGGACGAUCGCCUUUGCCCACAAUGACUGACUAUGACAAACUGAAGGUGACGGACCUGAAGGACCUGGUCAAGGAACGCGGUAUUGCAACAACAGGACUCAAGCUAAAGCAACAAUUCGUGGAUGCGCUCAACGCGGACGAUUCGUCCAACAACGGCGCGGAAGUGAUAGAGAGAGCGGAGGAAAGUAAUGGCAAUGGCAAUGGCAAUGGAGACGCGAAGGACGAGGAUGCUGGUGAAGACGUGCAGGAAGAGGAUAACAGCAACAAGCGGAAGCGCCGCAGUCCCACGCCGCCCGUCUCAGAGGAGAGCGUAAGCAAGAAAUUGAAGACUGCAGAUGAUGCGCCCAGCGUUCAACUACCUGAGGAUGUUGCAGCGGACGCGCCUGCCGCUGUUGAUGAAGCAGCUGCGAAGACGAUACAGCCGUAUGGGAGCAGCGAUGAUAUUAUGCAAGUGGACAAUGCAGAAGGCGAAGACGAAGUCAUGGAAGAUAUCACAGCGCGUUUAGCGAAGCACCCAGCAACGCGCGCGCUGUACAUACGCGAGCUCGUCCGCCCGCUCCAGCCAAACAGCCUGCGCGAGCAUCUUCGCACAGUCGCGUCACCGCCAGGCGCAACGUCUGCCUCUGCCGCCGAGAUUGUGGAAACAUUCCAUCUGGACAAGCUUCGAACACACGCCCUGGUAGUCUUCGAUUCGACAUCUGCCGCUUCUCGCGCACGAAACGCGCUACACGACCACAUAUGGCCCGAUGAGCCUUCCAUGCGCAAGCCGCUGUGGGUGGAUUUCGUACCAGAAGACAAAGUGUCGGAAUGGAUAGAAAUGGAAACGGAACGGCCAGAUACCAAGUGGGAGGUUACAUACGACGGCGUGGACACGAAUGGGCAGACGACUGCUAUCCUGCAAGAAGUUGGCUCGGAGCAUCAGACCCCAGCCCCCGCUGCUCCCAAUCCCCAAAGGUCGUCACAAUCACAAGAUCCUCCCGCGCCGCAAAAAGAGCCACCUCCACAGAGCAAGUCGUUUGAUACCCUCGACUCGCGGUACAAGUUCACACAAUGCAAGCCCAAGAUAUACUAUCAGCCUGUGGCGCCAGAACUGGCCGACAGUAGGCAAGAAAAUAUUAGUACAGAAACGAGUCGUGAGUGGGAGGAUAAGUUGUCUGACCCGUCCUUGUACGGCGAAGGGGAGCUUAGACGAUACACCUUCGAAGACGGUGACAAACUGGUUGAUGGCGGAGCUGACUUUGGUCUGUUUGGGCGAAAAUCCACGCGGGGUGGCAGAGGCGGUGGAGAGUAUCGAGGUGGUGGUAGAGGCAGAGGGAGAGGCGAAUACCGAGGAGGCGACUACUAUCGCGGCGGAGGGUCUGGUGGACGACGUCAAUACUAGAACCCUGGGUGCUUCGAUGACGAUGCCGACGCAUCGAUGACUACGCUGGUCUCGUCGGACACUGAUUUCACAGAUUUCAGCGACCUCCUUGAUCAGUACGAGGUUUCAAAUGGGCCCUGAAAAAAGGUAGCUAUGCACUCUAUCAAAAGCAGCGGUGCUGAUUUGGACAAUAAAAAAAAGAUGCUGCUCACUUACCACGAAACAUAGGGUUGUGUGUAGAACCCUGUAUCAAGUUGAAUAGCUCG